AUGUGCCAAUUCGACGACGAUAACUGGGUCGAAACGGCCAUGGCUGACGUCAACUUAGUCGCCAACUUCCUUAUCACCAUGAAGAAAACAUCGUCUCCUCCGUCUUCUUCUUCACUCUCUCCGCCUCUUAAUCUGCGCUGGACCGUUCGUCAACGCCGUUCCAAGUCCCGCACUCGGAAAAUGAAAACCGAUUCGACAAGAGCAAGUCCCACGACGCCUCUUUCCUGGAGCGCCGCCACUUCCGCCAGUGGCGCCGACGAAGAAUCCAGUCGUCUCACCAAACCGGUUCACACUUCAAGAUCUAAGGUUGAGGAGCAAUGUGAAGCCAGUGGCAACAAAAGGCUACGAAAGAAAAGGUCACUACCUGAACUACUUGAGGAAGAGAGGUUGCUUUUGAAAGAAAGGGGAAAUUUGAAAGAUAGAGUGGCAUCCAUGCAUCUCAAUGUUGAGAAACAAAGAUCUAACAAUGAAAGCUUAAAGAAAAUGAAGCUUGAUUUGGUGUCACAAAAGAACACAGAAACAGCCAGAAUCUCUCUUGUGCCAGAAAAGAACACAGAAACAGCCAUAAUCUCUCUGGUUUCUGGAAAAGCUGUUCUUCACACACCGCAGGUUGCGGAUGCAAACUGCGGUUCAUCAUCUAACUUAGUCCAAGAGAAGAAAUCAAUUGUCAUUACAGAGGGUGCUUCGUCAUCUAAAUUAGUCCAGCCUCAGACAGUUCAAGAGAAAAAAUCAGUUGUCAUUACAGAGGGUGCUUCAUCAUCUAAAUUACUCCAGCCUCAGACAGUCCAAGAGAAGGAAUCAGUCAUUACAGAAGGUGCUUCCUCAUCUGUGCAACGGGAGAUUCAUCAAGAGGUUAAUAACCGAGAAUUACCAUUCCUGCUGCCUGAUCUAAAUCUACCUCCAGAGGAAGAAUAA